AUGUCUGGAAUAUGUGAGCUUUUUCAUGUCCCACAAGCUUUCUCCUUUUGCUUCUUUGCUAAGAAAGAUUUUCUGAAAACUGGGUUCAAAGUGCUUGGUAUAAUCAAUAAUGCGUCAAGUUCUGCAGGAAAAUUAGUUGUCAGAUGGCGUAGCCUGCAGAAUAUUAUGGGGGAAAAGUUGGAGUUUUCAUCCGGACAUGCAGAGGUGAAUCCUAGAGAGCUUGGAGAAGAAAUUGAGAGAAAAAGGGGAGAAUACCAGACUAACCUCCAACCAUUCUAUCGACAAUGCAAAAGAAAUGAGUUGGAGGUCAAACUUGCUGCAGGAUUAUGUCCUACAGAAAUAACACUCAAAGAAGCACAAAACUCUAACACACGAUGGAUUGUUCUCGAUAGCCACUUAAAGAAUUAUAAAUUGUAUAUAUAUGGACAUGUAGAAUGCAAUGUUGCAGUAAUGAAAGGAAAAGAUGUUGCCACGUUGAUGCCAUCAAGAGCUCCAAAGCCUGACAACUCUCCUGCAAGUUGUGAAAGAGGUGAUGAUGAAACUUGCCCCCAGAAUCAACCUCGAAAUGAUCAGAAAAAUGGAAAUCAGAAUGUUGUUGAGGAAUGGGAAUCAUCAAUAGCACCGCCUCCACAAGGUUGCUACUGUUGUCCAUUGCAAUGGAAAGUCGGUUUUCCUAGGAAUUUUUGUCUCAGUGAAAUUGAAGUGAUUACAAAUGGUUUUGCUGAUAUUCUGUUUGAAAACGAAAAAGUUAAAGUUUAUGAAGGGGUAUGGCAGAAUACACUUGUCAUAGUCAGAUCUUAUCAAAAUGACCAACGACUUUGCUCAAUGCUUACAAUCCUUUCCGGGGUGAGCCAUCACAAUAUCAUGAACAUUGUUGGAUAUUGCUGCACUGGCAAAAACAGAUUUCUCAUAUCCAACUAUCCAUGUUUGAAUAAUAUUGCAAUGAACUUGCAACGCAAGAUACCCUUUUCCCUUGUUUCCCUCCACUUCCAUUUACUUCACUAA